CGUGCGUGGGGCGAAUAUCGCGCCGGAAGUGCCGGUGCGCCGACGAUGGCGGACCAUGGCGGCGGCGCCGACCUCUGCUCCGUCUCGGUGGUGUCCUGCCUGCUGCUGGCCUGCGGCUACGUGGGCAGCCUGUACGUGUGGAGGAGCCGGUUACCCAGGGACCACCCAACCGUGAUCAAGCGCCGAUUCACCAGCGUCCUGGUCGUCUCAGCACUUGCUCCGUUAUGGGUCUGGAUGUGGCGCCAGUACACGGGUUUCAAGACAGGUCCAUCGCUGCUGGCAUUGAUGGGCAUCCAUUUGGAGGGCAUCUUCGCAGCCGCCUGCUUUCCCCUCCUGCUGACCAUGGUGCUGUUUGUUGGCCCAUUGAUUCAGCUGGUCAUGGACUAUUCCUGGGAUCUCUUCGACGGGUUGAAGAUGUUUCUAGACCCCCGGUGUUGGGUGCAGUGCCUGGCGGACAUGCGCUGGAUGCGGAACCAGGUGGUGGCCCCGCUGACGGAGGAGCUGGUGUUCCGGGCGUGCAUGUUGCCCAUGCUGGUGCCCUGCACCGGCCUGAGCCGGGCCAUCGUAACCUGCCCGCUUUUCUUUGGAGUCGCUCAUUUUCACCACGUCAUCGAGCUGCUGAAGUUCAGACAAGGGACGGUCGUGGGCAUCUUCCUCUCAGCGGUUUUCCAGUUUUCCUACACGGCAGUGUUCGGGGCUUACACAGCGUUUAUCUUCAUCAGGACAGGUCACCUCAUUGGCCCGGUUCUCUGCCAUUCAUUCUGUAACUACAUGGGAUUCCCAGCAAUCGGGGCUGUCAUCGAGCACCCUCAGAAACUUGUUAUAUUCUUCUUCUAUGUGCUGGGAGUUGUCCUCUUCCUCCUGCUGCUCUUCCCUUUGACUGAUCCGACCUUGUACGGGACGCUUGCUAUCUGCCACCUCACCAAACCAGAAACCAGCACCUCAGUCUGCACCUGACCCGCCCCCCCCACCCCCACAACCCACCCCACCCAGCACCACCCCUCAACUGCCACGUCCUGUGCGUCUGGCAUUCAGGGAACUUGCCUUCCGGAUGACCAGCAGGUGGAUCGAGGGAACUUCUCAGGAACUGGGGAAUCCAGCUCUCACGAUUCCGGGAGGCGGGAGUUCCCGGAACGGGCGCUCCGAUCCGCCGGCGUUCUCUGCUCCUCGGCGAGGCAUGCAAAGGAAGCGCCGAUUCGGACAGACCUGGGCCUCCGCAGGGCGCCGCGUUUGCACGGAUGCCUCACAGCCAUCGCCUCCGAAAUCCGGACACCAGUGUCCUGGUGCUUUCAAUCACGUUUCAGCCGCUCCUUCGAGUGCCACGGGCAAAAAGAAAUUUCGGAGUGCUUCGUUUUCUGCUGGUUUCGCCCCUGUCCCGCCCACCUCCUUCAUGCUGUGAAUACUCAGGAUUUGUUUAAGCUGUUGUCUUACCUUGUGCACCCUGUGGGGAAGCUCCAUUGCUCUGACAUACAAGAUGGCUUCCAGUUGUCUCGCUACCCAUUGCCCCCUCAUUCUGGUGUCUUGCGUGCCUGACAGCGUCCCCUCCUCUGUAAGCUUUUGCAUCAGCGAGGCGCACUCCCUGUUCUGACCUGGGAGGCGAGCGGGAGAUGAGAGAAGGUGGUGUUCUAGAAGGUCAGUGCUAGUAGUUGGAGGGCUAGUAGUUGAGCGGGUAGGUUGAGAGAGGCUAUCAGGAGAGGACAGUUUGGUUUGAGGCGGGCCGGCAACACUAGCCACAGCUCACUCCUGAGGGCCGUUGGCCACCUGGGCCCCUUCAACCCUGCAGUCUUCUGGCGGUGCUAUCAGGUCGAGUGACAGGCCCAGGGAGUGGAUGUUCUUGCAGCCUGGGGAUGAUGAGGGGUUUUCAGAGGGAGGAAAGUCUUUGCCUGGCGUUCAAAUUUACCACUUACCCCCUCCUGUGGAGCACUGGGAGAGGGCAGCCCGUGCCCACCGCCCAGCAGUGAGCGAGAUUCGGGGCGAGGUGGACAGAAGGAAGUCGGGUAGAGACGGCCCCAGACCGAGGGUGGGGGGCUCCCCCCAACCCCCUUGCAGUUUCACGGGAUUGUAGCACUGCUCUUUGUCGCGGACGCCUCUCUCGUGCCGCUGAGCGGCCUGUUCAGAUCACGCAGGAGGGCUGCUCCGGGAACCCUCUGCUUCCAUGCGUUGAAUUUAAGGACGGCCCUUACCCCUGGUUCCCCAGCCCGUUGUGUGGGGUGGUGGGGUAGGAAUUAGGCGCAGGAGGAAUUGGGAAGGGGUGGGGGGGGAGCGCUGACGGGUGGAGUUUUCACAAGGUGACGCAAAAGGUCUCUAUCACCAGCCCCCCCCCCCCCCCCGGAGGGGUGACUGCCUCAGGUCAUUGGCGGCGGUUUCUCCACUUCCUUCCGACCUCCUCGUUUGGCCGCUGUGCCUCCUUCGAGGAAUCGGGCGGCUCUCUUCACCCUGAGCAGGACACUUUUGUUCGCAACUCUCUAAACUCCCCUUGCACCCCCCCCCCCCCCCCACUUCCUGGAGCAGGCUGUCCCAGAUAGCUCCCUUUGUGCAGGAUCCAGCAACCGUCUUUUCAAACUGAACGGAGCCGACUGUGGCACCCUGCCUGCUGGGGACUGGCGUCGACCUUCAGGGGGCAGCAUAACGCGGCCAGGGUUAGGCAGUCCCGCACAGUGCUUGCUAGCUCGACAAGUCUUUAUCCACCCCCACCCAGCACCGAGGGUCAAACUUUCAACGUUUAUUUCUGCCGCUGUCCUGGCUAAACGCAGGAAUCCCUCCAAUAAGGUCAGCUGAGAGUAUCUGAGCCAAAUCAAAAUCCAACGUCCCAGUCGGGAUGUUUCCCCUUGGGAGGGGGACGUUUCCAGCGGAGUUGUCCCAAGUCCCGUCACCUUUGAACGGCAACAUUCCUGAAACCUCUGCUGCCAGGCGGCUGACCGAGGGGUUUGAGUUUGCCGUACAGGCCGACUCUGCCAAAGCAGGCCUUGAGAGCGGGCUGUUGUUUCCGGGAUGAAAAGUUAAAACUCUCCUCCCGGGUGAGCCUGUCCCACAGUCGGAGUCGAGGCGGCCAAGUUCCCCUUUGGCCCUGGGGCCUGUGACUAUCCGUCAAAUCAGCAUCACUGAGACGGCGACCUGACCUCGUCCUGCUGCUCUUUUGCGGUUUGAGCUGCCGCCGACGCAAUAGUGGCCACCUCGGAAAGCUUGUCAGUGGCUUUAGGCUUUUCGGUGGGUGGGGGGUGGGGUUGGCCAGGGAAUGGUGCUGGAGGUGCACAGACCUUUCUGUAGACAGUUUGCCCAGUUCUGAGGAUCGUUUCACAGUCCAUACCGAUUCUGCCAGCAGUGGCUGCCCGGGUCUGUAAACUGCGGCUCCCACGCCAGCAAUACCUAGAACCUUGUUGCUGAUCAAAUCCACCACCAGCAAGCUAGCGUCCAGAACUCUGUCCACAACUGCAGUUCCUUAACCUCACUACUGACAAAACUUCUGUCGAGGAAAUGGGUCCUCCUGUCAAACCAAGAAGAAAGAUAUUUUUUCUAGCAAUGACCACAGAAAUAUUUGUAAAUCAAGCAAUAUAUUUUCUAAAAGUAACUAUUUUCCUGACAAAGAGAUUGUAUAAUUAUCCGAGAGAAACUUUUACUUAAUGUGCAAAAUGGAGCUGACAAUCUUGUACUGUAUGGCAUAGAAUAUAAAUUUCUGAUUUAAAAAAAUAUAGAGAGAGAUCAUGUUUAUUGAGGUAAGUCCCAACUUUACAGACAGAAUGGAUUAGCCUUCUGGUCUGCUUGUCCGUCCUGACUUUCCAUUGGAGCCAUGUACCUUCAGGCCGAAGCCAUUCUUUCUUUCCAGUAAGUCACUGUGUUUGUUAAUGUUUUGUAUCCAGUUACCAGUCUGUGCUCUGUAACUCUUAAUACCCUUGGUUAGCAAACGUGUGUACCAAUCACCGAUAUAAAACAGUUAACUAAGUCUG